UGCGCCGAUGCGCAAAUUGAUUCAUCGAUACAUCACUCCUUUUACAACGCGUUAGUUUGCAAAUCGGGUAUUCUCUCUAAACGUGCGAAGGAACAAAAAAGAUCGGAGUUGGCACAGAUAGGAGUUUCUAUCAGAUACGAAGAUUAUCGGCAAUUACGGCGAACAUAUGGUUAAAGAUACGUUACUCUGAGGUCGGAGACGGCCAACAUCCGAUAAAGAUUGAUUCUAUCACGAGCCAGAGAUAAAAGAUCGCGCGUGUAUUUUUUCCGUUUACUCAAUACGAUCUUUCCGCGUCAGGAAUAACCCACUUGCCACGUCGGACACCGCACACGUGCUAUAAACUCAUUAUGGCAACUCAGGUACACGAAUUCAGUGUCGAGAUGACGUGCGAAGGAUGCUCCAACGCGGUGCAAAACGUGUUGAAAAAAGUGGAAGGCAUUGACGACAUCAAGAUAGACUUGGUAGAAAAAAGGGUGUCCGUUGCCACUGCGCUUAGUUCGGAUAAGAUCUUCGAGACGAUCAAGAAGACGGGGAAACAGUGCCAAUUUCUGAGGACUAAACAAUCAUAACUUACUUGCGAUACGAGGUGAUCGUAAACGAGUGCUGCUAACAUGUUCUUUGUACAUGGAUAUUGUAAAAGUUUCUGUUACUUUUUCCUGGAUUUAUCAUACUUUACUCGAUGUAUAAAAGUACAAAAAUAUUAUACUUAAGUUCUUUAUAAUAAAAUGUCUUUUCCAUGC